GAUCUAAUAAAAACAUUUUCUCCUCUCCUUGAAGCAGGAGCUUUUUAUGACAUCUCCUUUCUGUCAGAGACACUUGCCUUCUUUGGGUUAUAAACUUUUGAUGCCAGACCUCUGCAGAACGCGCCCAACUGAAUCUUAAAGUAGCUUCACCGAGAGAGGCAGAGAACGCACAAUCUGUGACCUUCGUCCCUGCUCCUUCUUUCGUGUUCUCCCUCCCCGCGGGCUCCCUCCGCCCCAGGGAGCGUCGAGAAAGCUCAUUUUUGGAUGCAGGAGGGGGCAUCUGGUUCUGCUAGGCUGGAAAGCUGAGGCUGGAGCCGAGGAAGAAUUAUUAGGCUCCGGAGAGCCUGGACUCAGCCUCUCCUUCUCCCGCUCCCAGCUCCUGGCUUGCUCUCUCCCCCUCUCUUUUGCUUUUGCUCCACAACACUUCCGGCUGUUCUGAGAGGGCAGGGGACAAGGACCGUGCUGCUGCGGGAGUUCUGGGAAGUUGUGACUGACAAGGAUGGGGGUCUGUGGGUACCUGUUCCUGCCCUGGAAGUGCCUCGUGGUCGUGUCUCUCAGGCUGCUGUUCCUUGUACCCACAGGAGUGCCGGUGCGCAGCGGAGAUGCCACCUUUCCCAAAGCUAUGGACAACGUGACGGUCCGGCAGGGGGAGAGCGCCACCCUCAGGUGUACCAUAGAUGAUCGGGUCACCAGAGUAGCCUGGCUAAACCGCAGCACAAUCCUCUAUGCUGGGAACGACAAGUGGUCCAUAGACCCUCGAGUGAUCAUCUUGGUCAACACGCCUACCCAAUACAGCAUCAUGAUCCAGAAUGUGGAUGUAUAUGAUGAAGGUCCAUACACCUGCUCUGUGCAGACAGACAAUCACCCCAAAACCUCCCGGGUUCACCUCAUAGUGCAAGUUCCUCCCCAGAUAAUGAACAUCUCUUCAGACGUUACUGUGAAUGAAGGAAGCAGUGUGACUCUGUUAUGUCUUGCAAUCGGCAGACCAGAACCAACGGUAACCUGGAGACACCUGUCAGUCAAGGCAGGCCAGGGGUUUGUGAGCGAGGAUGAGUACCUGGAAAUCUCUGACAUCAAACGUGACCAGUCUGGGGAGUACGAGUGCAGCGCCUUGAACGAUGUUGCUGCUCCUGAUGUGCGGAAAGUAAAAAUCACUGUAAACUACCCUCCUUAUAUUUCAAAAGCCAAGAACACUGGUGUUUCAGUUGGUCAGAAGGGCAUCUUGAGCUGUGAAGCCUCUGCUGUCCCCAUGGCUGAAUUCCAGUGGUUCAAAGAAGAUACCAGGUUAGCCACUGGCCUGGAUGGAGUGAGGAUUGAGAACAAAGGCCGCAUAUCCACUUUGACUUUCUUCAAUGUCUCAGAGAAGGAUUAUGGGAACUAUACCUGUGUGGCCACAAAUAAGCUUGGGAACACCAAUGCCAGCAUCACACUGUAUGAAAUAAGCCCCUCAUCAGCAGUGGCAGGGCCUGGAGCAGUCAUUGAUGGUGUAAAUUCGGCCUCUAGAGCACUGGCUUGUCUCUGGCUCUCGGGGACCUUCUUUGCCCAUUUCUUCAUCAAGUUUUGAUAAGGAACCAUAGGUCCUCUGAGCAACGCCUGCUUCUCCAUAUCACACAGACUUUAAUCUACACUGUGGAGGGCAAACCAGUUUGGGCUUCUUUUUGUUUAUUUUUGUUUUUCUUGACUUUUGUUUGUUCGUUUUCUGGGAUUGAUUUUCAAAUUUGAUUUGAUUUUUCUCUUUUUUAGUUUGAAUGAGUGGGGUUGGGGGUUGGGGUGGGCAGGGGUCUACCAAGGGUAGGAUAAUCAUUCAUUGGUGUGCCCCCAAAUGGAAUCUGUUCCUGCUGCCUUGGCCUUCCUUUUCUCUACUUCUCUUCCCACAACCAUUAACACACACACACACACACACACACACACACACACACACACACACACACACAGAGGCAUUCCACAAAACUGCGCAAAAAGACUAUGUCCCAUGACAAACACCCUGAAGGUACAACUUGACUUACAAUGUAGUCCACAGUAAGAGUUGCAUCUACGUGUCCUAUUGUCUUUUGAGCUUUCAAUCAUUUCCCCAGUCAAAAGGGACAUAUCCUUAUCCCCAUACUUAUCAUCACCUAUUCCAUUAGGCUUCCCACUUUUUCUUUGUAAGAAACUCUCUCACUAUAUCCAUAGAUAUGCAUAUAACUACACCCACAUGUAAGAUUCUGCCAUCUUCUCUGGCCUUUCUGCUCUAGGCAUUUCUUCCACUACCUGUAAGAAUUACAGGCUUGAGACUACGCAUGCAGCCCACAACUAAACAUUUACAAGUCAAGUAACAAAAUGAGGGAAGUAUAUUAAUGCUAAUACUUCCCUUAAAUGCUGUCACAACUCAUGAAAAGGCGAUCAAUAGCUGGCUAAUUAUUUUAUCAAGCUAUCAAAGCAAUCAUACCAUUAUCCAGCUAUUCAAUUGAUUUAUCUCUCCAUCUAGUUCUAUCCACCUGUCUUUCUCUCACACAAUCCAUUUCCUCUAUUUAUCAUAACAUCAAUGUAAUUAUCUCACUGUUCUCUGUUUCUCUUCCCACUACUCACUAUCAGUUCCUCACUGUAUUAACCUCUGAUCAUGUAUGUCCAUGCCACUAUCUCCAUUUCUCCACCAUCAUCAAUAGACAUUGUCAUCUUCAAAUCUGCCUAGCAACUUCUUAUGUGAAAGCCAGUGAGCUCACAGGCUAACUACACAGACGAGCAAUUUCCUAUGCCGUGGAUCCUUGGGAAUGUGGAAACCCUUCCACCCAAAUUAAACAUUGGGAACAGAUGGACCAAAGUAGCAAUCUAAAGAUCAGUCCCUCACGAUUCCCAGAGAGACUGUUUCCUGAAGCGCCUUCUUGGGAAGCAGACGAGCCCUGGGGAAGCUUGAUUAUGCUGCAUCUCUCCUUCAACAGCUGGAAGAUCAAGGUACCAACCUCAUGCUGCUCUCAGUCUUUCAAGAAAAGUGCACGUCAGGAACUUGGAGGAACUUCUUGGUCGCUGGCUUUCAUUAGCAAAACGAACCUGAUGAGAACCACCUAUCUGUCCCUUCUUUGUAAAGAAAACAGUCCAUCAGCCGAGGUGUGAUAACUAUAGCUAAGCAUCUCCCUUCUGCUCCAGUUUUGAUUUGAAUUGUUUGAAAAUUAUCCAGCAAAGGGCUGAUGGAGGCCAAUUACGUGGUGCAUGUGUUGACAACUCUGGUAUUUGUUUCAGAAAGCUCUUCUAAGCUGAGGGCACUUGAGCUACUGACUUAAUUUCCAAGCACUUGAUUAACACAACAUGGCAAACAGGCAGGAAAUGUAAGUAAUACUGUUUCCCAGGCCCUUUCUCUAGCACGUUGGGGAUAAAUGUCCCCACAUUUCUGUGUUUGAAGCAGGCCUAGUGUACAAAGAAGAUCAAAUCCAGCCUCUCAGCACUGUCUCUUGGGAACAGAAGAACUCAGCCAACAAGGGAACCUGCAGUUCAAAUGAACAACGUUGAAGGCCACAAAGGGAUCUCUCUAGGGACUAGCUUACUGAGUGAGUUGAGAAGGAGUCCCAACCGUGACUUUCUCACAGACAUGUCCUGCCUCCCUCUGGGACCCUUUUCAGGUCCGCCUCUGAAAACUGAUAACUAUGGGUUCCAUUAGAGUUCAGUUCCUGUUAAGCUUCACUGAUCGCUCCAGUAUAAGUGUCCACUCUGUGCCACUAUGGCCAUAUAAAUACAAUACCCACAGUGGGUACAUAUAGACCUGUGUAUACAUAUUCGCAUAUACACAAAUGCAGGCUUCCUUGGCAUACAAAAGCUCGGCGCUGUCAUAAGAGAUAGAGCCGGGGUGAGCAAAAUUAAUACUCUACUUGCCAGCUGUAAACAGACAUCUGCAUUUCCUAGCGAGCUGCCAAGAAUGAGACUCUGAGAGCAUAAAUGAUGUGCCAAAAACCAGUCUAUUUAUUCCAACUUCCAGAGGCAAUCAGGAGCAGGCACGGAGUCAGAAUUACAGGUCGGAUAUAUGAAUUUCAGAUCUGUCACCGCACUCAGCACCUGGGAGUGGGUUGGUGUCAAGCAUUGUAUGAGACAUAAACGUGGCAUUUGAGUUUUCUAAUAAUCCUACAUUUGUUACUUUGGAGAAAAGGAAAAUGUGGAUGCCAUGGGAACUGAAAAGUGUUGGGUGAUCUGCUGCUUGAAAUGGACAAGCUGUAACCGUUCUUCACCACCUUGCACAAGCAGAUCAUCAGAACCCCAUUGAGUAUGGACUCAGGGUCACCCUGCAACUCUGCUGUGCCUAGUCUCACUGGAUACUAGAUGUGUCUCUGGUAGUUACCUUCUCCAUCCAAACUUCAGAAGGAAAAAACAUGCUCUAGCCAAUCCUCAUGUCUGGGAAAAAGAAAACCAAGAAGAAAUGACUCCAGGCAACUGGGUACCCGAUAUGAAAAUGACUUCUACAGAACAGACAUGCCCCAGCUCCUGUGUUAUCUGAGUGACCUUGGUGAGGAUGGCUCCAUGUGAUGGGAGCUGGUUCCCACACUUUGAAGCAAGCAGAACAGCAGCUGCUCGCUAAAAACAACAUACACACUUCCACAUGCCUUUCCGACUUUACACAUGAAGGGGGGAUGGAUCAGGCCUACUGGACAGAUUUGUUCAGCCUAUCAAGGGUGGGUGUGGGGGAGGGAUAAGGUUAGGAAAAAAGGAUCACAUUAGUCUGAGUAACUGGUAGAACAUUGUGGGUUUUCUAAGUGGAAACCACGUACAAUUUAUCAAGAGAUUAAGUAAAAGGAAUUCAGCAAAGGUAGUUAUCCUAAAACAUUUCCCCUUCCCAAAACAAUGCUAAUUUGUCCUACCACCAAAGUAACGCCAAUGAAAGUGCUAGUGUUAAUGGCUCUGGCCGAGCUUGUUUUUAAGUAGUUUAAUGUCAAGUGCCUGAUACAGUCAUCUGCAAGUUUAAUCAAGGGUGUUUAGAUUUUCUUUCUUGUUCUCAUUGGGAAGGGUGGGGAUGUAGUUGUCAAAACACAGAUAGCUCUGACCCAGAUAGCUCAAUACAUGGCUCUUCUGCUGUGGGCUACAAUUGUGUGCAGUUCAACAGAAGGAAAGAGAGGACUGUGUAUCACCCAGAUGACAGGAUCUUCAUCCUCGGAAGUUCAUACUGCUUUGGGAUGUUGUUCAUGGGUUGGGAAGUUGGUUUUCAAAAUCUGGUGUGGUUGGGGUCUCAAGGAGCUCCACCGCAGAGGCUGAGCUUUAAGAAUCUCUUUCUGCAUCCCUCUGGUCAACUUGUCCUCAGCAAAGAGGACGAGCAAAUUCUACCUAUCUUAGAAAGAAAGACCAAAAGAGCAGAAAAGCCCCAAAGUAGAUAGUUGAUCCCAGAUUGUUUAUCACGGCCACUGGAUCAAGAAUGGUUGAAGUUUAAUACUAUUGUUUGGGUUGAUGCUUUCGGGAGGGGCACAUGUUCUUAGUAGCCCAUAGAGCAAUUGCCAGCCCCAUAAGAGAUGGUGGAGGGGAAUAGCUUAUGAAGUUACGAGGGAGUAUCUGUCCCCAGUUUGAUCCUGAGUUUUCACCAGAAUAGGAAAAACAGUAUCUAGAAUCGGGAACCCUAAAGCUGUUCCUGUUAGAGCUAGAGGAAGCAGCAUAAUUACUAUUUCUAAUUUGGGGGCAAAAUGUAUUUUUCUCCAACAGCAAGAACAUUUGGGUUUUACUUGGCAUAAGUCUUACUCCUAGAAAUUCUCAUGUACAAUUGCUUCCCCCCUUAUUAUCCAGAGCUCCCCUCUCUUUCUUUCAAGACAAAUGCGUUUGAGUAGCUACGGCAACACUUCACAGGUGUUUAACUAGGAACGCAACAGUGUACAGGAUGCCGUAUGAUGAAAACUUCUAAUGACCACACACACACACAAAAGCAAACAAAUAAAAAUGCCAGGCUCAUUUCCCCCAUUUCUUACAUAAGAGAAGAGAAGUAAAUGGAAGGAAGAAGAAAUAGAUUUGCAAUUAAAAAUGUGACAAAGAGAUAAAGCUGAACCAGUGCAAUUUAGCCUUCAGGUGCAGAACGUGGAGCCCAAAAGAACGUAGAGUGGACUUAAUUAGAUGCAAUUGUCUUCACAGUGAAAGUAGUCAGCAAAAACCAAUUUCCAGCAUUUUGGAAGAGACUUCCCGCACCCCCUUCCCCUGAGUGGUGCCCUUUUAAGGCACAUGGUUGUUUCACACCACUAGGUGGAGAAAGAAAGAUUGGGAGCCUCUACUAUCCUUGUGGGGCUUCAUACCAGGUUAUUUGGCAGAGUUUCAGAGUCUCAAUCAUAACAAUGGUAAGUAAUAAUAGCUGCCCUUGUGUUAGUGAAGAGGAACAUUUUUAAUCAUUCAGAAAUUCUUGUGACAUGUAAAGUGCAAUUGUGAGGAAUGUGUGGGUGUACGAAAAUGUAUCUGUCAAGUUCAGAGUCCUCUAGAUUAAAAAAAAAAACUUAUAUGAUUAUCAAUGGUGCCAUUAAUAGCUGUGUUGGACAAUGGAUGUGCCCAUUUUCACCAUUAUUCUUAAAACAAAUCUAUGUACUGAUGCUUUAAAAGUUUAUCACAUGAUACAAGAAUAUGAUUUUGUCAGCCUUUAAAACUUCCCUUUUUUUUCCUUUUGCAUUCUUUCUUAUUUUUUUUCCUUCAAAAAUCAAUGAAGACUUGAUUUCUGUCAACCAUUGUAUUGAGGGUGAAUAUACUACCUGGAUUUUGUGCAUGUUACAUUGUAGCUGUAACCUUUUCUAAUUCAGGAUGAACACAAGACGGUUGUGAUUGUGCAGUGUAUCAAUAAAGUUUGAAGACAUUUGUAACUUU